ACGAACGUAAAUUCACAAAUGGCAGGAACAGAAAAAGAAAAGAGUUUUAAAGUAAAUUCCACAAAAUUUUAAUGCUGUACUUAACAAUAUCUUCGGGUGAAAUUAUCACUAGCAAGCGGAGGCAGUCUCUCACCUAAAUACAAAUUGAAAGAUGAGAAAAAAACAAAGGUCAGCAGCCAACAAAACAAUAAUUCUCGACAUUAAGAGACCAAAACUUACAAAUGUCGAAAGCAUCCUUGUCUAGACUAAUGUACACUAAUGCCUAGAGCGCCAUUACUAGAAUAUCUAGGGGCAUUUUCUUGAAUAUCAUUCAUGAGUCUUAGGUGAAUAUGAAGACCUUGCUUCAAAAGCAAGAUCAUCGAGAUUAAAGGGAAAAGAGACAGCAGUUGGGUGCGACUCCUGUGCCUGUGUCAUCCUUUGAGUUAAAGCAGAGCUCGAGAGAAUGCUACAAGAGGAUGAUGAAUCAGAGAUCAACCUUCUUAAGAAAAAACUUGAAGCCUCUCUGGAAAAAAUUGAUUCAUUGGAGAAAGAAAACCAGGAGCUAAAACAGGAAGCAAACCGUCUAAAAGUGCAAAUAAGUUCCCUCAGAGCAUACAACAAUGAGAGGAAGACCAUUCUAUGGAAGAAGCUGCAGAGCUCCCUGGAUGGCAACUGCACAGAUGCACCUCAGCACAAACCAUCCACUUUUGUCAAUUUAUCAGAACAAAGUCCAGAAGCAGGAAAAUCAUGUACCAGAACAGAUUUCCCAGAAUCAACUGCAGAAAAACCAAUGAGGAUACCAAUUCCACCACCAAGGCCUAAUUCAGGCACGCUCUCUUCAUCAAAGGAAGUCAAUGGAAACAAAGCUCCAUCCGCACCAGCACCAGCACCACCGCCACCACCACUGCCAUCAAAGCCGCUAGUUGGAUCAAGAGCAGUGCGCCGUGUGCCAGAGGUGAUCGAGUUGUACCGUUCCCUGACCAGGAGAGAUCCCCGAAAGGAGAACAGAACCAAUCCUACAGGGUCUCCACUAGUUGCCUCUACUAAGAACAUGAUUGGAGAAAUUGAAAACCGCUCAAGAUAUCUUUCAGCUAUAAAGUCAGACGUGGAAAGACGUGGGGAAUUCAUCAAGUUUCUCACUAAAGAGGUAGAGUCUGCAACUUAUAGAGAUGUUUCCGAUGUGGAGGCUUUUGUGAAAUGGCUAGAUGGGGAAUUGUCUUCGUUGGUUGAUGAAAGAGCUGUACUGAAGCAUUUCCCACAAUGGCCAGAACGAAAAGCAGAUGCACUAAGGGAAGCAGCUUGCACCUACCGAGAUCUGAAAAGCCUUGAAUCUGAAGUUUCACGUUUUGUGGACAACCCAAAAGAGCCUUUGACCCAGGCUCUAAGAAGAAUACAGGCAUUGCAAGACAGGUUGGAGCAAAGUAUCGACAAUAUCGAAAGGAUGAGGGAAAGCACAAUCAAGAGAUACAAGGAUCUCCAGAUACCUUGGGAGUGGAUGCUGGACACAGGUCUACUCGGUCAGAUGAAACUAAGUUCACUGAAGCUCGCCAGGGAAUACAUGAAAAGGAUAGCUAACGAACUGCAGGCUGAUGAAUGCUCAUGUGAAGAUAAUCUUAAGCUUCAAGGAGUUCGAUAUGCAUAUCGAGUACACCAGUUUGCAGGUGGUUUUGAUGCAGAGGCUAUACAAGCAUUUGAAAAAUUAAAGAAAGCCGGAUUGGAUAGUGAAAAAUGAUUGCAUGCAUUGCUAAACACGCCGUACAAGUUAGAAUAUUGAAACUUUUAAGUGGAAUAUUAUAAAUCCACUGGCAAGUGAGGUAUCCUUACUAGUUUAUUCAUGUUAGUUUUUCAAUGAUUACAUAUAUGGGUAUAUAUUCUAGACAAGGGUAAGUUCCAUUGGUUACUAACUUGAGUACCAACAUAAGUUCCAUUGAUUGCCAACCUGGGCACCAAACUCUAUGAUAAUACACAAUCAAUGCUGUGGCAAACAUUGGUAACCUUAAAGCUGAUGAAGCGAAUCCUUCCUAUCUUUUUGGUAUACAUUACAUCUGCAAAAAUAUUACCAUUCAUUUUACAUGGGAUCUACUACUAAUGACUCAAAAUUGUUACAGAUCCAUUCCUUCCUUGGCUGCCUAGGGAGUCUUAACCCCAAAAAAUUGGUGAAUAAAUAAAAUGUGUGGAAAUCAUAUUUUCCUUGCAAAUGUCAUUCUAUUUUCCUUGCUUAGAUUUACACGGAAAGAAUGCACAGACAUGCUUUCAGGAGAGAGCCAUUCGGAAUGUUUGUAGGCUCAACAUGAAAAUUUAUGCCAGCCCAUCAAACAUCACAUUGAUCCUAAACCUAACAUACAAGCUAGCGCCACCUAUCAGUCGAAAUGGUUCCUCCAACGUGUCUCACUCUCCGACUCUAGGGAUCAAAUCCGGCAAAACAAACUUGCGCAGAUAUUGUAACUUUUACGCCAUCACAGUUAACUAGUGAGUCAAAAUACUAAUAAAUCAAACCAAUCGCAUUCACAGAAACAAUACCCACCAAACCUAAGCAUAAUAAAUUAGCAACGUCAAUAUCACAUAACCAUCUCAUAAAUGCAAAAUCAAACGCUCAACAGAGUCAAUCACUACGUCAGGACAUAUAACUUGAGAAAACAAGAACGUUACGAGAUGUUUCCUCAA